UUCCUCAGUGGUCAGUUGCGGAGUGAGUAUUUUUGUCCUUGAGCUCCCAUUGGACACAUUCGAUGUCAAUUUGAUGAGGAAUGUUUUCAAGAAUGGAGCCGCAACGUAACAUCUGCAAACUGUGAAGGUGCCGUGUUGAUUUAGACAUAACAGUUUACAUUGAUAAGGAAUCGUGAAGAACUGGUCGUAAAAAUGUAUGGUUUUGUCAAUCACGCCUUGGAACUACUUGUAUUACGCAAUUAUGGCGAAGACGUGUGGGAAGACAUCAAGAGGGAGGCACAACUCGAUGUAGAGGGUCAGUUCCUUGUCAGAAUCAUAUAUGAAGAUGCCAAAACAUAUGACCUUGUUGCUGCUGCAAGCAAAGUUCUCAAGAUUGAUGCAGGGUGUAUCCUACAGAUGUUUGGGAAGAUGUUUUUUGAGUUUUGUCAAGAAUCAGGGUAUGACACCAUCUUGCGUGUUUUAGGCUCCAAUGUCCGUGAAUUCUUGCAGAAUCUGGAUGCCCUCCACGACCACCUAGGUACCAUCUACCCUGGGAUGAGGGCUCCGUCCUUCCGCUGCACAGACGCGGAGAAGGGCAACAAUCUGAUCCUGCACUACUACUCGGAGAGGGAGGGGCUCCAGGACAUUGUGAUCGGCAUCAUCAAGACGGUGGCCCAACAGAUCCACGGCACAGAAAUAGAAAUGAAGGUGAUCCAGCACAAGAGUGAGGAGUGUGACCACAUCAAGUUCCUGAUCGAGGAGAAGGACUCGGAGGAGGAGGCCUUCUAUGAGGAUCUGGACGGCUUCGAGGAGAACGGCACGCAGGAGACCCGGAUCAGCCCCUACACCUUCUGCAAGGCCUUUCCCUUUCACCUCAUGUUCGACAGGAACCUGAUGCUUACUCAGUGCGGCAACGCUAUCUUCCGUGUGCUGCCGCAGCUCCAGCCAGGCAUCUGUAACCUGCCCUCCGUGUUCUCUCUGGUGCGUCCACACAUAGACUUCAGCUUCCAAGGAAUGCUCUCCCACAUCAACACUGUCUUCGUUCUGCGAAGCAAGGAGGGCCUCUUGAACGUGGAGACUUCGGAGAACGAGGACGAGCUGACUGGUGCUGAGAUCAGCUGCCUGAGGCUGAAGGGACAGAUGAUCUACCUGCCCGAGGCGGAGAACAUCCUCUUCCUCUGUUCUCCCAGUGUGAUGAAUCUGGAUGACCUGACGCGGAGAGGCCUUUACCUGAGUGACAUCCCGCUGCACGAUGCCACACGUGACCUGGUGCUGCUGGGAGAACAGUUCCGUGAGGAGUACAAGUUGACUCAGGAACUGGAGAUCCUGACUGACCGUCUGCAGCACACCCUUCGGGCCCUGGAGGAUGAGAAGAAGAAGACGGACAGAUUGCUCUACUCAGUCCUGCCACCGUCAGUGGCCAAUGAGUUGCGCCACAAGCGUCCAGUCCCGGCCAAACGCUACGACAAUGUGACCAUCCUCUUCAGCGGCAUUGUGGGAUUCAAUGCCUUCUGCAGCAAACACGCGUCAGCCGAGGGUGCCAUCAAGAUAGUCAACCUGCUCAACGACGUCUACACCCGAUUUGACAUCCUGACCGACUCGAGAAAGAACCCCUACGUGUACAAGGUGGAGACAGUGGGUGAUAAGUACAUGACGGUCAGUGGGCUGCCAGAACCAUGUACCCACCACGCUCAGUCUAUCUGCCACCUGGCCCUGGACAUGAUGGAAAUUGCUGGACAGGUCAAAGUGGAUGAAGAACCAGUACAGAUAACCAUUGGGAUCCACACAGGAGAGGUGGUAACUGGGGUCAUAGGUCAAAGGAUGCCCCGCUACUGCCUGUUUGGAAAUACUGUCAACCUCACCAGUCGUACAGAAACCACAGGAGAGAAGGGAAAAAUCAACAUUUCAGAAUAUACUUACAGGUGUUUGCAGUCAGCAGAGAAUGCUGACCCCCAGUUUCGUUUGGAGUACCGAGGACCCAUCACCAUGAAAGGCAAGAAGGAGCCCAUGAAUGUGUACUUUCUGUCACGCAAAAGUACUGAAAGCAUAGUUUGAUCAUAAAAGCAUUCCCCUUUCCCCAGUGGGCAAAAUGCAUAAAGGUGUAAUUUUGGGGUUCUACUUUGGUUUUAUGGGUUGAAGAGAUGUCAGAUAACCAAAUUAGAACCAAGAGAAGAUGUCAUUUUCUGGUCGCUAAAAAGAGAUGUUAAAAAAACAUUUUACAAUCAGCAUAAAACCGGACCAUGACGUACACCUGAACAGUUUUGCUCACUGGGUCACUUGUCAGUUUCAAGAAGCUGCUCUAUCUGAAGACAUAACAAUUUGACCAUCUAGAAAUAUACCUUGUUCUCUACUUCACCAACAGUUAUUCUUAUUGUUGGUAUGUACAGUUGAAGUUGGAAGUUUACAUACACUUAGGUUGGAGUAAUUAAAACUAGUUUUUCAACCAGUCCACACAUUUCUUUUUAACAAACUAUAGUUU